AGCAAGACAAGCUUGGUGGGAUCCACGCGGGUGAAACGUCGCAAGUUCUUGAGCCGCUCUGCUUCCGGUGCGGACGGUUGUGGAUGUGGUCACAACUCGCGAAACCUGCGACAAACCCUGUCUGGGGGUUCGGGCGUUCGUGCAGCAAGAAAGCGAGAAGCUCAAAGGGAACAAGACUUUAAUUCCUAGAGAGACGCGAGAACCGGCACUUUGUGCAGAGUUCAAGCAAAAAGCGAUUUGGGAAUUUGGGUUGCUCUCGAGUCAUCGAGCCAUCAUGAUCAGGGCGGCACCAAGCACUGGUUGCAGUGCCAAGCCGUCAGUUUGGAUGUUGGAACCGCGAAAGAUCGGGAUGGUGGGUGUGAGUGAACCGGUGCUCCGGAACGCCACGGCGCGCCAAGGCGGCGUCCCUAGAGUCUUGAGCAAUCCGGCCACUAGUUGAGGACGAGAUCUCCGGCUCGGCGGCCGGGGUCUUUAUUCUGGGUGCGCUACGGAGCAGCCCCUUGCCCACCGGCCC